AGGUUAGCCAUAAAGGUUUCAGAGAGUGACAGAGUGUCAGAAGUGGUUGCAAGGAUGGGACACAUUUUGCUCUGUGCGCUGUGUUUUUACUUGACAAACUCUCUCCUCAAGUAUGGCCAUGCUGAAGGGCAAACACAUAACGUCACCUUGAGAGCUGAAAACAGAAACAUCCCAGAAGGAGGACACGUGGAACUGACCUGCUUCGUGGACUCUGGUGACCCCUCUGCCUGGACGUACGAGUGGCUCAGAAGAUCAAAAGGCUCUUCUGAAGUUACUGUCUUGAGAAAUGAACUAAACACAACACUCAGUGUUAAAAAAGGAGGUGACUAUGGGUGCAGAGCGGGUAAAGGGGACUUGAGGACAAAGGACAGCGAAUUUGUCACCGUUUACAACCUAGUUUCCGACAAUGCUGUUGUGACUCUCGAGCCCGACUGGACCAUGAUAUUUACGGGUGAGGCGAAAACUCUCAGGUGUAAGAUCCAGGGAGAUGAAAACAAUGAGUGGGAGUAUGAAUGGAAGACCCCUACAGUGAGGACAUCAUCAACCUCUAAUAAGUACAAGAUUAGGAAUGUUGAUGCUUCCGACAUUGGAGACUACAGAUGUAGAGGUAGACACAGAGACUUUUAUUCUGCAACAGAGUGGAGCGAGACCAUCACCCUGACAUUUUACAAACGCAAACCCAAACUCAUCGUGUCCCCAUCUUGGCUGAGCCCUGGAGAUUCAGUAAAUCUCAGUUGUGAAGUUGAAGAUCCAUCCUCAGGAUGGAGGUUCUACUGGUACAAAGCCAUCCCAAAACUAUCAGAUGAUUCCUACAGCUAUGAGCUUCUCCCUGGUAGCAGCAGCGGGACUAAGCAGAAAUCCUACACUCAUCAUGGGCAGAGAUAUACAGCAGGAUAUGUGUGCCGAGCUGGAAGGGGAGACCCAGUACAUUACACUCGAUACAGUGAUGUAAAGUUUGUCUGGUCUGGAGAUUUUCAGUCAGGUUUUCUCUCAGUGAGCUCUGACCGGGUACAACACUUCACCUCAGACUCCAUCACGCUGAGCUGUGAGGGGAACUCUGCUGAGUGGAGAGUGAGAAGCUUCAAGGAGAACCAGUAUUGGUCUGAACUCCCUGAAUGUGAGUUGAUGACUGGAGCCACAUGUGAAAUCCCCAAGCUACAGGAGGGGGACACAGUGCACUGGUGUGAGUCUGGAUCUGGAGAGUUCAGCAAUGCAAUCAACAUCUCUGCAUACAGGAAAAAUGUGAUCCUGGUGAGUCCUGUCCAUCCUGUCUCCGUGGGAGAGUCUUUAACUCUGAGCUGCAAGUUGAAAACUGGAAAAUUAGAUUGCACUGCAAUUUUCUAUCGAAAUGACCAAACCAUCGGGAGUGAUGCUGAAGGGAAGUUUCACAUCUCUACGGUGUCAAAGUCAGAUGAAGGAUUUUACAAGUGUAAAUGUGGGAGAAUGAACUCACCAGAGAGCUGGGUAGCAGUGAAAUCAGCAGGAUCUUCAUCUCUUGUACUCGGCCUUACUGGUCUCUUGGUUGGAAUAGUAGUUAUUGUGCUCCUGCUUCUGCUGAUUUAUUACAUAAAAUACAAAGAUCCGCACUGUUACUGGAUGGUCCCAUGUCUUCACUCCAAUCAAGGUUCAGCUGCAGAUCCAACUCUCAACCAAGAAGAAACUCAACAGCACAUAUACUGCACUCUUUCUCAUGCCAACACUUCUAUCUAUGAAUCCAUUGACAAAAAAAACACAGCAGAUGGUGAGGCCGAGCAUGAAUACGGUAAUGUUGCACAUUCUUCAGUUCAGCUGGAAAGCCUCCACAGAUCCAUUCAAAUGGAUAACUCUGAAGAUUAUAUUAAUUCAAAGUGGACCGCAGGUACAGCCGAGGAUUGAUUCACUUUAGAAACUUUGUUUAUGUCAUUUAUUUAUUGUCUUCAGUAAGAUUUCCUUAAGACAAAAAUCCUACACCUUCAGUGUUUCAGCCACUUUUUAUUCUGUAAACAAACAGCUGAAACACAAAAAUAGCUUUCAGUUUUUUGGCUGAAAUUGUUGUCAUGUAAAUAUGGCCUUCAUUUUUACAUUGCUUUUAUAUUUUUUUAUAUUUUUUUCCUUUGUAUAUGAAGAGCAGUGAAUCAUCAGCAAAGCAAAAUAUAUUUUAGACUUUUCUUAAUGUCCAUGGAGAGAGAAGCAUCAUCAACAGAACAACAUUCAAAGAUCAUUAAAGCUUUCUGAUCAUGAUAAUUGUCUUUAUUAACAAAUCAUUGCAAGGGUUAGCUGUUGUACAUGGAUGUGUUUUGUUUCUCCUGUUUAACAAAGCUGGUUAAUGCUGGAGAAACGAAUUCUGAAUGUGUCAGACAAAGCCACUUCUGCAGAAUUGUUUCCAUCUAUUAACGUCUGACUUACAUUUCUAUUAAGAUUUAUGCACCUUACAUUUUCUUAGUGUGUUUGUAACUGUAAUGUAUUCAGCUUAUUUUUGAUUUGUUUAUGGUGUGAAAAAGAUGCUGUCGUAUACUGUUUAUACUGUAAUGUGAGGUAAUGAUAAAAUCUCCUUUUCUGUCUUUAUCUCUGCAUUUCAUCUUUCUUGCAACACAUUAAGUAGGUGUGAAAAGAAGUGACAUUUUCUUAUUUGACACAAACAUGUGUUACUAUGUUUUUUUUUUUCUUUUUUUAAGGAUGGUUGCAAAAAGUUUUAUAGUAAAAUCUUUUCCAUCACUUUAACACUAUGUUCUGAACCUUGCUUAUUUUAUCUAAAGAGGU